CAUAACAGUAUAACUGAGGUGUGAGUUGAACUUGAUUUGUAAAAUAUUUGGAUUAGACUCGACUCUAAUCGAAUUAAGUUUGAAUAUGAAUUGAGCCAAAGUCGAAUGUCACUGUGUUCCAUGCGAGUAGCUUGUAAACUCAAUCGAGCUUAAUAAAUCUGAGUUUUAAGUUCAAAUUUUUGAAGUGACUUUGAGUUUCAGAUUCUACUUUCAGUUUUGUUCAAUUUGAAUUAUUUUUAGACCAUCAUAUAUACCCCCCAAAACCGAACCAAACCCCUUACUCCUUGCUCGUGUUCUCUCUCACACUCAUAGCACAGCAAUGGACUCUUACACUCCUCUGCUCGAAAAGACCCGGGUACCACAACCGUCGAUUCAAAAAUUCGCGGUAAUUUCAAUAUUCUCGAAGCUCCGGUCCGCCCCGAAAUAUCUGGACCCGGACUCUGAUCCUGGAAGAGAUGCAAUCUCUCAGUGUCUCCAUUCCUCAUCUCCUGCCGUCGUCGAUCAAACGGUUCGGGAGCUAUGUCGCCUCGUCUCCGACUCUACAUUAGAUAUAUCUCGCGGGUUAUUGGAGCUCCAGUCCGCACUCGAAGGCACAGACGAGAAGUUUGUUAGUUUAUUUGUUAAAGGACUCGGAUUUCUUAUUCGGGUCGGCUUUAAUAGGAACCAUGGGUCGUGGCGGUUUGGUUCCCCGGAAAAUCACCCGUUUGUUAGAAUAUUAUUGUGCAGAACUGAGGUUCAGACUGAAUUGGUACAGCAAGUUUUACUGUUUAUGGCAAAGAAUAUGCGGCUGGGAAUGGUGAAAGUUUGUGAAUUCUUGAAGCCCUUGGCAGUUUUUUCAAUUCUAAGUAUACCCUUUUCGAACUCUACAUCCUCUUUGUUUGCAAGACAGUUAAUACCAUCAAUGGCAUCAUUUUGUUGUUCUCUCCCUGAAGAGGCAUUGCCUGUUCUUAAGCUGCUGAUGGGCUGCCUUAAGUAUUUACCACACAAGAACUCAGAUGAACUUAGGGACUGUUACUAUUUCUUGGAAUGUGUUGUUGAUGCGUAUACGGUGGUUCUAAGAUCCCUGGUUCAAACUGGUUUGCUGGUUACCAAGGCUCAACUGUUUGGUGUGGAACUGUCAGAGACUAUUCUUUCUCUAUUAACGCAUGUUCAUGGGCGUUCUGGUGGUGCUGAGCCAAUUGUUGAACUAGUGAAGCGAUUGAUUGUCAUUCAAAAAGAUCUUAGUUUGUGUUAUAUACCUGAAUUAUCAUCAGUAAUUCUGUCCUCAUUUGCUAUUCUUAUUCAAUCUGAGCUUGAACACGAACAACUCUCUUUGUUAAAACUUGUCAUCUUCCUCGUAAAGUGGAAAGGUGAAAAUGAAUGUGCAUUUGAUAGAGCCACAUGUGCAUUGAGUGAAGAGGUCUUGUUCACGUUCCCUGUCAUCAAUCUCAUGUCCUCAACGUCCAGAUCUAUGAAAGGAGCAGCAGCUGAUUUGCUUAUCAUGUUAGAAAAACUUCUAGUGAAACUGUUCAGAGCAUCAAGGAUUGAACUAGUUACAGAAGGACAGUUUCCAUCUAUCAGCUCACCUGGGUCUAUUGUCUAUAGAUUGUUGCAGCAGCUCUGGUUUCAGGACCAAUUUUCACCGUCAACUUCCUUCUUUGUAAAUUUUGCUUCUAGUGAUGACAAAGGAAUGCAUGAUCAAGCGAAGUUUUGGGCUUCUCAAUUAAGAGAAUACUCUAUGCGGAUCAUUGACAGACGAAAAUCAUCAUUUCCAGUCUCCCAGACUGAAGAAACUUUUUUAACGGAAAUUCCCCGAUUGCUCAGUGCAAUUACUGGGGUUUUGGUGAUGCAUCAGUCACUCGGGUACAUUGCUGUAGAUUUGUUGGCUACUAUUGGCAUCAUGGAUCCUAAGCAGGGAGUUCCAUUGUUACUAGCCGUUCUAUUUUACAGUAACAUUUUCACCAGAAACGAUGCUAAAAACCAAGAAAUAUUGCCAAAACUGCUGUCAAUGCUUCCAUCACUGGCUUCACAUUUUGUGAUGAUACCGCUUGUAAUUCAGACUAUUCUGCCAAUGCUUCAAAAGGAUGGAAAACGAGUGCUGUAUGCCACAGGUGCUCGUUUGCUUUGUCAGACCUGGGCAAUUAAUGACCGUGCAUUUAGCAGUCUGCAGGCAGUUUUACUUCCAGAGGGGUUCACUGAAUUCAAGUCUGAGAGAACUAUCUGUAUAGGUCUGGCUACUUCCAUCCGAGAUGUUUGCAGAAAAAAUCCCGAUAGGGGUGUGGACAUUAUCUUGUCUGUUUCGGCUUGCAUUGAGAGCCAAGAUCCUAUUAUUCGAUCUUUUGGUUUACAAAGCCUGGCCUAUCUUUGUGAAGCUGAUGUCAUUGAUUUUUACACUGCCUGGGAUGUUAUUGCGAAGUAUGUGCUAGGCUACUCCUCGGACCCAGUUCUUGCACAAAGCAUAUGCAUGCUUUUGAGAUGGGGUGCAAUGGAUGCUGAAGCAUACCCAGAAGCUUCAAGGAAUGUUUUGCAAAUUCUGUGGCAUGUUGGUGCUUCCAAGCAUGGUAAUGACGUGGUGCAAUGGGCAAAGGCAAGGGCCUAUGCGUUUCAGGCCUUGUCCCAAUAUGAAGUCUCACAUUUAGAAAAAGGAAUUCUGGAUUUCAAGAGAAAGAACACAGAUUUGCUUCUGUCUGAGACGGAUAAUGAUGUACUCAAGGCGAUGGAAGGAUUUCAAGUCAAGAUCAUAACACAUGAACACAUGAAUAGACGAAGAUUGGCGAAGGAGAAAAAGACCACAGGAAGCAAGAUUGAGAAAUUGCUGGAUGUAUUGCCUCAGGUUCUCUUCCCUUCAGGAAAGAAAAAUAAUGCUGGGCAGUCACCUGGUGCAGCCCUGUUAUGCCUUUCCUUUACCCCUAACAGCCUAGGGAUCUUGAGAGGACCUCCAGAUAUCCAUGCUGCAUAUGAGAAUGCACUAGUGGAAAUAGCUUCUUCUCUUCAUCUCUCAAGAAAUAUUUUUGUUGCUCUUCUUUCUUUCCAAUCAUGGAAAUCCUUCAUGCGACGUUGGAUGAGAGCUAAUAUCUUAGUGCUUGAUGCAAAAGCAGCAGCUGGCACAUUAGAUAAAACUUCUAAAGCUGCUAACAAAAUCCUCAAGGGUAUGAUGCGGCUUGCUGAAGAAUCUAUCCCGAGAUCUGCUGAAAAUAUUGCACUAGCUGUUGGUGCACUCUGUUUGGUAUUGCCUCCGUCUGCUCAUACUAUUAAAUCAACUGCUUCGAAGUUUCUGUUAAAUUGGUUGUUCCAGGAUGAACAUGAACACCGCCAAUGGUCAGCUGCUAUAUCUCUUGGAUUCAUCUCAAGUUGCUUGCAUAUAACUGAUCACAAGCAGAAAUUUCAAAAUAUCACUGGACUUCUUAAGGUUUUGUGUAGCAGCAAAAGCACCCUUGUCAAAGGGGCAUGUGGAGUGGGCUUAGGCUGCUCAUGCCAAGAUCUCCUUACCAGGGUUGAAGCUGUUGAUAACAUUGACUUGGAAAGAGAAACAUACAAGAUCCAGGAGGUUGAAUUACUGGGGAAGAUAGUUAGGACGUUACUUCUGAUGACAAGUCAGCUCAGUCAAGCUUCAGAUGACAUUCUAAAAGGUCUGUCUGUAUAUUUUCCUCAGGGCACUGAUGAUUCCGAAAUCAGUAUGACUUCUGAACUGUUGCUUGAGAAGUGUGAUGACUUGGAGGAAGAUAUCUGGGGUGUUGCUGGUAUUGUCAUUGGCUUGGGGAACUCUAUUGGUGCAAUGUACAGAGUUGGGGCACAUGAUUCCAUGCUUAAAGUAAAAGACUUGAUUAUAUCGUGGAUUCCACAUGUGGACUCUUUAGCAAUUAACUCUGAUUUUUCCAAUGAAGGAGUAGACAAAGUUUUAUCAGUAGGUUCAUGUCUUGUACUUCCUAUCAUUGUGGCUUUCUGCCGGAGAGUGGAAAUGAUGGAUGAUAAUGAGCUGGAUCGUCUAGUCAAUGUCUAUAUUGAUCUCAUAUCUGAGUUAGUUUCUGUGAAAAAGUCUGGCACUUUUCAUCAGAGUUUAUUGACGGCAUCAUGCAUCGGAGCAGGAAACCUUCUUGCCUGCAUUUUGAAUGAAGCUGUACACCCCAUUGAAUUCGAGCAUAUAAAGGAUUUACUGGAUUUGUUCAGAAAAUGCUACUCUAAUCCUUACCCUGCAUUUGUCCAUUUGGGUGGGAUGCUUGGGGUAGUUAAUGCUAUGGGAGCCAGUGCAGGAAUUUUGUUUCAUGGCCAUCGUUUCUCAUCUUCAGUGAAGACUGGUUACGAACAGAAGGAAUCUUCUUAUAUUUUGGGUCCUUUACUUUCAAGCCCUAAUUGUGAAUCACAUUUGACGACAUUAAUUCAAGAAAUAUUUCUUGUUGCCCAAAAUUCUGGUGAUCUUCAAAUGAAACAAAAUGCAUCUUGGGCAGUUUCAUUUCUCCGAAAUCUUUUGUGGUCCAAGGAACUUCCAUAUGUCAAUAAUAAUGUUCAAACUGGUGGUGCAGAAUCCAAAAUGGUCUCUCACAAUUUUUCUGAGGACAGUUUAGUUAUGAAGCUAUCUUUGUGGCUAAAUCAUCUGAAUUAUUCUUUGGGAGGUAAAAUGGCACCUGUUGGCACAGUGGCAACUGUUUUAAGAUGCCUUUCAGCAGCUCCCAGAUUACCAACCAUGGAUUGGGGAUCAAUAAUUAGACGCUGUAUGAGAUUCGAGGCUCAGGUUUCCGAGUCCUUGACAUUGGAUUUAGCUCUUAAGAGGGAAAAUCUUAGAGAGGAAUGUGUUCAAUUCGCAAUUGCUCAUGCACACCAAUGUGAUCCCCUCCUGACUUUCCUCGAUGAACUAUCUGAUCUGUCUAGGUUCAGGACUUUGGAGCUGAAUCUGCAGUCAUGUCUGCUAGCACAUCUGGCUGGCCUGACAAAGAUAUUCUCAGGUUCCAGGCUAGAGAAAUUAUUUGAUGAUAUUGCUGAGUUCUUUUCUUCAAAUUCUUCACACCAAGUGCAUAACUCUGAUCAGAAAAGCACCUUGAGGAUGUCAUGCUGGAAGGGUCUCUACCAGUGCCUAGAUGAAGCUUCCCUCAGCUCUUUAGAGUACAUGCCAAAUGUUGAGAAGUGCAUGGAAGUAAUGUUCUAUUUGUUGCCAGCAUCAGAAUCAACUGCCAUCCUCGGAUCAGAUCUAGUAAACCCUGUAAAAGAGUGGCAUGAGGUAGUUAAAUGCUUAGCAAAGGUUCGAAGAGAUUGGUUGUUGAAUUUCCUGCAGGUUCCAUUGUUAAAUCUAGUAGAAGGAGAUGUACAGUUGGAUGAAAUCCUAAAGAAGAUAGUUGCAAAAGCCAAGUUAGUAAGGAUUGGUAUCAUCCCGUUCACUGAGCUUGGAAGACUUAAAGCUUGUAUAUUGAACUCUAAAUCACAUGGUAUUUGGAAUGUGCUUGUUGAAGUUGUAGCAGCUUUGCAAUAUGCUGAGGGAAGUAUCAAAAGACAGUGGCUUCUUGAUGCAGUGGAAGUCAGCUGUGUAUCCAGUUAUCCUUCUACGGCACUUCAAUUUCUUGGUCUUCUAUCUGGAAGCUGCUGCAAAUACAUGCCUCUUUUGACUCUCGACAGAUUAACUGUAUUAAGUGAUCUACCGGUUACUCUUACCUCCCUUUUGAUGGAACCCAGUUGGGAAGUUGUUGCAGAAUCCGUAGUUUCUUAUCUGUAUGCAUCAACAGAACGCAUAUACGGCUGGGUUACCAACACGGUGUUUCUUGAUGGCUCUACUAGUGUGCCACCUGUCGACGAGAGUGAAAACAACUUGGUCACUUUUAUUUUGCAUACGAUGCAUCACACUUGUUUAUCUUUGAAAGAGUAUUUACCGCUGGAGAAGCAACUUAGGCUUGCUAGCAUGGUGAUCCAGUGAGGCUUGUGCAUAACUUACGCGAAACAAAUAUAAGAGAGUUACAAUAGCAGAGUUUUGCUUCUGCCUGAAACUCGAAACCAUGGAGCCUGUAACUUCUGUUGUAUAAUUUGUUCAUAUAUUUAUGUAUUCACAGAUCUUUUUCUUUUCCUUUGUUAGAUCAUGUAACGUUCAGUUGAUUUGUUCUUAACAUAUAAUUAUUGGAAUGGUAGAAUGUUCUUUAGUGAUA